UUCCUCCUCUCGCUUCGCUUUGGCAGUAGGAGGCCCGGACUGGCCUGCUCGGUUCUCGGCGCCCUCCCGUCUUCUUUUUCGGCCAGGUGGGUUGAGAUUUCUCAUCACUUGUACUGUAAGAGGAGAGAAGAGACCCAUUCAAGAGAAUGAGUGAACUGGAACAAUUACGGCAGGAGGCAGAGCAGCUCCGGAAUCAAAUCAGAGAUGCAAGAAAAGCAUGCAGCGACACAACUCUUGCUCAGAUCACCACAAGUCUUGACUCUGUGGGUCGAAUCCAGAUGCGUACAAGGCGUACCUUGAGAGGUCAUUUAGCCAAAAUUUAUGCUAUGCAUUGGGGAUCUGAUUCAAGGUUAUUAGUGAGUGCUUCCCAAGAUGGAAAACUAAUUAUAUGGGAUAGUUAUACAACAAACAAGAUGCAUGCUAUUCCUUUGCGGUCUUCCUGGGUAAUGACCUGUGCGUAUGCACCAUCUGGCAAUUAUGUCGCUUGCGGUGGAUUAGACAACAUCUGUUCUAUCUACAAUCUGAAGACGAGGGAGGGCAACGUACGAGUGAGCAGAGAACUCCCCGGUCAUACCGGGUACUUGUCCUGCUGUCGUUUUCUAGACGAUAACCAAAUUGUUACGAGCUCCGGAGACACCACCUGUGCUCUGUGGGAUAUCGAGACGGGCCAACAGACUACUGCCUUUACCGGGCAUACCGGCGAUGUCAUGAGUCUCUCUCUAAGCCCAGACAUGAGCACUUUCGUUUCGGGUGCCUGCGAUGCCUCCUCCAAGCUCUGGGACAUCCGAGAUGGGAUGUGCAGGCAGUCAUUCAUGGGACACGUGUCUGACAUUAAUGCCGUUUGUUUCUUCCCAAGCGGCCAUGCCUUUGCUACUGGUUCAGAUGAUGCUACUUGUCGACUCUUUGAUCUUCGUGCAGACCAGGAGCUCAUGUUGUAUUCUCACGACAACAUCAUCUGCGGGAUCACUUCUGUAGCUUUCUCAAAGAGUGGGCGUCUCUUUUUGGCAGGCUACGACGAUUUCAACUGCAAUGUUUGGGAUACCCUGAAGGGUGAACGUGCAGGUGUUCUUGCUGGUCACGACAACCGAGUCAGCUGCUUAGGAGUGACUGAUGAUGGCAUGGCUGUAGCUACAGGAUCUUGGGACAGUUUUCUCAGAAUCUGGAAUUAACCUGGUGUUUGAACCCCUCCCCUCCACCAAUAGACACGCACACCUUCUCCACUGAGACCUGGAGAGAGCAAUGCUGCAGCCUCUUGCUGUGAAAAUAACAUUUCUACUUUGUAAUUUACAGGUGAAAGUUUUUCUACUUGCUGAUUAUUGCAUAAGUAGGCUUUCUGUAAAUGAAAUUAAAACAAACACACAGAAAGAACGAAGAAGUGGUAGAUGGGAGAAACCGGUGACUUUUCUUUCAAGGAAAAAGAGACACAGAGAGAGAGAGAGGGGGGCGGCACACCUCUUUGUGGUGAGCAAAGCUAAAACACAAAACAAAAAAGCCAGUCAGUUAGCAUUUCGUUUGGCUCCAUUUGCCCUGAAGGGAUUUCUGCUUGUGCCCCAGUCCUGUACCUUUUUGUAUAUAAUUGAAUAUACACAUAGCAGCCAAUCAUGUAACAUUUUGUCUGUAAGUAAAGGAAACAAUGUUUGCAUUUUUUUUAAAAGAAACUGCAUUUAUAUAGCUCUACGUUUAACCUAAGAUGUAUCUUCUGAGUUCUACAGUGGAUCGGCUGGUCUGCUGUUAUAAUUCCCCCCCCCUCCACACACACACACCCCCUUCGUGAAUUUACUGUAGAUAAAAGUGUGAAGUUAAUGAGCUGUUUGUGAAAUUUUAUAACAGAGUGUCUGUGUAAAACAAAACAAAAACAAAAAAGGAAAUCCCUUGACGACUCUUAGGACACUUUGCCUCUUUCUUGCUCGAUGACUUUUUUCUCGCCCUUAGCGGCAGCAGAUCCCAGAUAAUUCAUUAGAAGCCAAGGGGCUCUGAUCACCACAGUGUUAAAACAGAUGAUCAGAUGCAUAACAUAAAUGUUGAAAUGUUUAAGGAUUUAGAUUUUGAGCUUCCUUCUAACAGCCUCUUAAUGAGAUUAGGGUCAGGAAAUUGAAGGAUACGUAUUUGCUUGAGACGGUGUUUGAUGGAUGUAUUUUUGUGGGGACUGAAUAAUUGUAACUGAGAUCUAUUUCUCAUCUUCUGUAAACUUUUUGUCUAGCUUAAGACUGAAUGUGGGGCUGCUUCCAAUUUCUAGCAAAGGAACCUGUACUCUCUUUGAACUGCAUCACUCCAAAUGUAUGUGGGGCGUAUUCUGAGCGCAUCCACACAUUAUAAUUCUACUUUAUAUAUUCCAGGUAGAAAAGCUUUCUCUCCUAUGAAUCUUGCAUAUGCAGGGAAGUGUUACUAUUGCCUCUUUAAGACUCCAGCACAAUGUUUCUCUUGAAAUCUGCAUUCACUGCGUGAAGACUCUUUAAUACUUCAUUAGUAUUACUAGCACAUUGUUGUUCAACCUUGGCAACUUUUAAGAUGUGUGGACUUCAGUUCCCAGAAUUGCCCAGCCAGCUUGCUGACUGGGGGAUUCUGGGAGUUGAAAUCCACACAUCUUAAAAGUUGCCAAGGUUGAGAAAGACUACCUUGGUAUAUGUCACUUCAAUUUUUUUUAAUGAGCUAUUUGAAACUUCAGUUAAACCCAUCACCCACUACAAGAAGUGCAGAAUGCUCAUUUUAAUAGCUGCUGUGCCAACCAACGGGGCGCGUUCACCUAGACAUUCCAGGAAACUGAACUGCUUUUUAAAGUUUUUGUUAAGUCUUUUUUGUUAAGUCUCGGGGAAACAUUAACAAAUGAACUUGCCUUCCCCAGUCUUCCUCUUCCCUUAAAAGAGAUCCCAUUGGGCAAGACUUCCCGUGACUUGCCAUGGCUCCAGUCUUCUCUGAAGUAACAAGUAUUGUAGGAUCCUGCUUUUGGCUUUUUAAAUUUUUGAGGGGAGGUCAUCUAAUAAUUGGCCAUAUUUAUGUUGUUAUUUAUGUUGUCAUAAAUAUACAAAUGGGUAGCUGAAAACAUGCUUUAGAAAAAUCCUGGAAAUUAGUUUUCUUGCUGUCUGUACUUGUAGCAGGUAUGAAGUGCAUCUGAUUGUUAAUGGACUGGCCUGAAAUGUAGGUUCAUUUCUAUAUUAAUAGUCUGAUUUGAUGGUAGAGGAAACAUCCAAUGUUAUAUGUCUUCUAAGAUCUCCACUGUCGGAACAUAGGUUGGUAGUUCUUGAAAUUUUUCAAACAUAUUUUGUUGCAGUGC